UCGAGCAACAUGGCCGCUGUGUGCUCUGCUUCCCGUGUCCUCGGGAGAAAGAUUGUGACAUCUAAAGCUCUUCCAGCAGUGUGCCAGGCAAGCAACCGCACACUGCAUUUUUCCAUCUACGGAAAAAAGGGAGAGGCAAAAGUCUCAGAUGAUAUCUCAACUCAGUAUCCAGUUGUAGACCAUGAGUUUGAUGCCGUGGUGGUGGGCGCUGGUGGUGCGGGGCUGCGUGCGGCUUUCGGUCUGUCAGAGGCUGGUUUCAACACUGCCUGUGUCACCAAGCUGUUCCCCACCCGCUCACAUACAGUGGCCGCACAGGGUGGGAUUAACGCUGCAUUAGGCAACAUGGAGAAUGACGACUGGCGUUGGCACUUUUAUGACACAGUGAAGGGAUCUGAUUGGCUGGGAGAUCAGGAUGCCAUUCACUACAUGACAGAGCAGGCCCCUGCUGCAGUGGUGGAGCUGGAGAACUUUGGUAUGCCGUUUAGCCGAACAGAUGAUGGGAAGAUCUAUCAGCGUGCCUUUGGAGGUCAGAGUCUCAAGUUCGGUAAAGGAGGUCAGGCUCACAGAUGCUGUUGUGUUGCAGACAGGACGGGUCACUCCCUUCUACAUACACUCUAUGGACGGUCUUUAAGGUAUGACACCAGCUACUUUGUGGAGUAUUUUGCCCUGGAUCUGCUGAUGGAGGACGGAGAGUGUAAGGGAGUCAUCGCGCUGUGCAUGGAAGAUGGAUCCAUCCACCGUUUCAGAGCCAAGAACACAGUCAUUGCCACCGGUGGUUAUGGCCGCACAUAUUUCAGCUGUACAUCAGCCCACACCAGCACAGGAGAUGGAAAUGCUAUGGUGACACGUGCAGGUCUUCCCUGCCAGGAUCUUGAGUUUGUUCAGUUCCACCCCACAGGUAUCUAUGGUGCUGGUUGCCUGAUUACAGAGGGUUGCCGUGGUGAGGGUGGAAUCCUAAUCAACAGUGAAGGCGAGAGGUUUAUGGAGCGAUACGCACCAAAUGCCAAAGACUUGGCCUCAAGAGACGUGGUCUCAAGGUCUAUGACCAUUGAGAUCCGGGAAGGAAGAGGUGUUGGUCCAGAGAAAGAUCACGUCUACCUGCAGCUCCAUCAUCUUCCACCCCAACAGUUGGCUGCUCGCCUGCCCGGCAUCUCCGAAACCGCCAUGAUCUUUGCCGGAGUGGAUGUCACAAAAGAUCCCAUUCCUGUAUUACCCACUGUCCACUAUAACAUGGGUGGCAUCCCCACCAACUACAAAGGACAGGUCAUCACCUAUAAAGAUGGAGAGGAUAAGGUGGUGCCAGGCCUGUACGCCUGUGGCGAGGCCGGCUGUGCAUCAGUACACGGUGCCAACCGUCUGGGCGCCAACUCUCUGCUGGAUCUGGUUGUGUUUGGACGCGCUUGUGCCCAGACCAUUGCUGAGAUAAACACUCCAGGAGAGAAGCUUUCACCAUUAAAACCCAACGCAGGAGAAGCAUCUGUAGCAAAUCUGGACAAGAUCCGCUUUGCAAAUGGAAGUACCAGAACCUCAGAGAUCAGACUGAACAUGCAGAAGACUAUGCAGAGUCAUGCCGCUGUCUUCCGCACCGGAGACGUCCUGAAGGAAGGCUGCAUCAAGAUGGACACCGUCUACAAGUCGAUGGAUGACAUAAAGACAUUUGAUAGAGGUAUUGUGUGGAACACUGAUCUGGUGGAGACGUUGGAGCUGCAGAAUCUGAUGUUAAAUGGAGUGCAGACGAUCGUCUCCGCUGAGGCCCGUAAAGAGAGCAGGGGUGCUCACGCCCGAGAGGACUUUAAGGAACGUGUGGAUGAGUAUGAUUAUUCCAAGCCACUGCAGGGACAAGUGAAGAAACCUUUUGAGCAGCACUGGAGAAAACACACUCUGUCCUAUGUGGAUCCCAAGACAGGAGAGGUUACUCUUGAAUACAGACCUGUAAUUGACACCUCUCUGAACGCUGAAGACUGUGCUGCCAUUCCCCCUGCCAUCCGUUCCUAUUAAACACAUCCCAACAUACCCCAUCUGACUCCGCCCCAUUGCUUAUUUAUAAUCAGCCAAUACAUGAAUGAUUUGAAUAUUGAAUAUCUUGCUUUUGACGUUGCACGACUUCAGUAAAAUAUGACUAUAUACAUUCACUGAAGUAUUAAAAGAGGAGAAAUAAAUAAAGAGCUAUACUUGUCAAACUUGGCGUCAUAAAUUCAACUGUUCUGUAGCCUCAGCACACUACAUAACAGCUGUGUGAAAUUUGUGUAUAUUCUCUAAAACACAUCCAUCGCAUUCGCUGGGCUGGCGGGUAAAUCAUUAAAUGUUUAAUAUUUAAAUGUUGAAUGAUUGUCAAAAUAUUGUUAAAGCACUUAAACCAUGUGGAAAAUAAGAUUGAAGUAGAUAACACCUCAAUUUAACAGUGUGAUGCCAAUGCAAUGUCUGGUUUCACAUGUAUUUGACUUAAGAGUGGCCUUUCAUAAUAAAUUCUCACCUGUAUGUAAAGUUCUGUACAUCUUGCAUGUUUCAUAGGUUCAGUUUAAGCCAAAUAAAGAUCAUCAGGGUGAUAAUGA